AAGGGACGGAACGCACUACCUAAUUAAAACGAGCGCGAGCGAGUACGGUAGAGCAAAGCGAGGCAAAGGGUGCACGGUAAAGAAGUGCCUGGCGAGAACGAAAGAUUCGCACGCAGCGGCCUAAGCGAAGGGCGCAAACCCCCUUUGCAAGAAAACAAAAAAAAAAGAGAGAAACAACCGAAAACCAGUUUCACUUCAGCAGCUGUUGCCAGUUGGCCGUUUGCAUUAGGAGCGCGCUGUGUGCGAGUUAGUGACUCCCAGUGUGUCUGUGUGUUUGUGUGUGUUCGGUCGAAGGAAGCACAUCGCCGCUAGGUAAGAAGACACACAAAAGGAGAACCGCACGCGGUGCGGCUCGUCGUUUCUGUUUUUGUUUACAUACCGGCGGCCAUACACUUUUCUCCCUGCAAGUGUGUUUGUGCGUCUGUGCAUGUGUCAAACGUAUGCAAAUGUAGGCUUUCUGCAGAAACACACGCGCGCCAUAUUCCCGGUGCGGUGCCCAUUGUUUAGCGUAACAGUUCCUCCGACCGGGCAGCGAGCGGCUAGUUGCGGAAGGGAAACUCUCGGCCCAUGUUUCCGGCAUUUUCAACCUCUGUUGACCUGCGGUAGUGAGUGUGUGUGUAUCUGUUUAUGUUUUGUGUUGAGAAAAUUGUGCGUGUGUGUCCCUUUUUCUGGAUAUCCGACAUUAAACCAUCAUCAUACACGAUCUGCAAUCAAACCAAACUUUCAUGAUAACACCACACACAGACACUCGUCGUGGUCUACGUCCCAACAAUUUCGGACACAAAUUCUCUGUGCGCUUGUAUUUGAAAAACAAACACGUGCUGCCGAUUGAUUAGAAGCAUUAAGACUGCACCGUACGUAACAGUGCUCCCAAGCAUUGGUACCGGCGCAUUCAGGAGGUUCAGCAGUUUAGUCGACACCGUCCACCGUGUAUCCCCUUCGACCCGACAUCGCUCAAAUGCACCAAAAUCAACCGCCAAGUCAACAGUCAACCGCCGUCUGCGUAGCUGCGUUCGUCCAUCAAACCCUCGUGCCCGGCCUGCCCGGCGUGUUAUGACAGCUGAGCGCGUGUGCGCCAACCCUGUCGCCUAGCGUUCGGUAUCAACGGAAAUAGCAAGAAAAAAACAAAGAAUUGGAGAGUCUAAAGCUCAGAGAAAAGUUGCCGGCAAACAGACGGGAUGGAAAAGCUGAGGGCCGCCAAAAAGGUCGCCCCGGACGGGGGCUGGGGUUGGAUGGCAACGUUCGGCGUGAGCAUGGUGAACCUGGCAACGCGCUCGAUCGAGCCGUCGUUCGGGCUGCUGUUCGGUGAUCUGCUGAAGGACAUGCAGGUCGGCACGACCGGUGCCGCCAUCAUCAUCAGCAUGCUCGACGUGAUGAUGAACUUUUCCGGCCUGUUCGUGGGGCCGCUGCUGAAGGAGUUCUCCUACCGGAAGGUGGCCGUCGCCGGCUCGCUGCUGUGCUGCAUCGGGCUUGCCCUGACGUCACCCGCCACCAGCAUGGCGCACAUCCUGGCCACGUACAGCGUGAUCAAUGGUGUGGGCGUUGGGCUGGCAACGUCGGCCGCGUUCGUAGCACUGAACCAUUACUUUGCGAAAAAGCGGGGCCAAGCGGUUGGCCUCUCGAUGGCGGGCACGGCGCUCGGCAUGCUGAUCAUGCCGCAGCUCGUCCGCAUCCUGCUCGAACUGUACGGGUUCCGCGGUGCGGUGCUGGUGCUGAGCGGGCUGGCCCUACACGCGACCGUCGGCGCGAUGCUGCUACAGCCGAUCAAGUGGCACCUGAAGGAGGAGGAGGUAGACAUCGAGCUGGUCGAGGCGGCGCCCCCGAUGGGCAUCAUACUCGAGCAGGAGGACGACGAUAACGAUUCGCUGCCGGAGAUCAAAUCGCUGCUGUUUCCGCGCCGCGUCGGCAGCGAACGGAAGCAGUCGGAUACCGGAGCGGCGGUGACAGCGGGUGGUGGCGGUGGAGUGGCUGCUGUGGCCGGUGGCGCGCCAGCGAACGGUACCGGUCCGGGCACACCGGGCGUUCUGCCCAAGCGGCCCACCUUUCCCCGCAUCACGUCGUCGGUCAGCGUGCAGAACCAGGGUGGGGUGGGGAUGCGCACGCGGCCAUCCUUCCCGCGGAUUGCGUCCACCGCCAGCAUGAGCCUGGCGCUGCGGAAGCGGCGCGAGUCGGUCGUGUCGCAGCUGUCCACGCUUGACUUUACCGGCAGCGGCAGUUGCAUGCACGUGCACGUGGAUACCGGUGACGCCGACGCCGAGGACGUCGACUACCAGAUCAUACGGCGCGUCAACACGCACGUCGGCUCGUUCGCUCGCGUGCCGUCCCGCACCAAGCGGCUGGAAACGGUCAAGUCGGAGCUCGGGCUGGAGAUGGUAAAGCCGAAGGUGUCCUUCCUGCAGCGCUUCACCGCACUGAUGGACGUCGGGCUGCUGCGCGACGGCAUCUACCUGAACAUCCUGUUCGGCCUGUCCAUCUUCUAUGUCGCGGAGAUGAACUUCAAGAUGGUGACGCCGUUCUUCAUGGCCAGCCUCGGGUUCGACAAGAGCGACACCGCGUUCGUGCUGUCCGUGUCGGCGCUGACCGACAUUGCGGCCCGUAUCAUCGUGCCGCCGAUAGGCGAUCGGUUGAAGCUGCGCAAACGCUACAUCUUCAUGGUGUCGCUCGUGUUCGUCGCGAUCAGCCGGUCGAUUGUUGCCCACCAGCGCACGUACACGGACGUGAUGAUCUGGCUGUCGGUGACCGGGUUCUUCCGCGGUGUCGCCCUCGCCAACUUUACGCUGUGCGUGUCGGAGUACUCGUCGCUCGAGAAGCUGCCGGCCGCGUUCGGCUGGCACAUGGUCGGCAAGGCGCUGUUUGUGAUCGCGUUCGGGCCCCUGAUCGGUGCGAUCCGCGACUGGACGGACAGCUACGCGAUCUGCAUCCACUCGCAGUCGUUCUGCAUCUUUCUGUGCGUGGCCGCCUGGUCGAUCGAGCUGCUGGUGAAGCGCUGCCGCACGAAGAAAAUCGUCGAAGCGAACCCGACCGUAUAGAGCGCGCGUGCGGAUGUAAGCGGAGAGUGUGUGAGUGAGUGUAUGUGUGUGUGUGUGUGUGUUGAAUGAAUGCGUGCGAGUGUAAUAAUGUAAUUAGCAAUAGUGUUUGGCGCAAGUGUGCCGGUCAUCGUUUGAUCGUAUCUUAAUUCCGAAGACUGCGAUACUAGGGUACGCUAUAUAGCUGAGUAGGAUGAAAAUUAGUAGCAAAAUACAACCGAGUAAGGGCCUUGGCACGGACGGAUUUAAUAAUGACCGAAGGGGCGGAAUCCAAAGUUUCUACCGAAAACCUCUUACCAGCGGACAAAGGUACUAGCGAGUACUUACAGAGCGCGUUUUAACGACAGAGGGGAGGAGGGGAGAACAAAAAAGAAAAGCGUCCAACAGUACAGUAUUAGGCGCAGACACGUGUUUGUUUUAGCGAGUAAGCAGCAAGCAGACCAACCACACAGCCUCGAAAAGGGUGAUUUUAUUGUAAGUUGCAUGCACGGGACGGACAUCAAACUAGAGCCGUUUUCCGAUCGAGCAAAGCGAUCGUACAUUGCCGGUGAGGUUUCAAAAAAGAAAGGAAAGAGGAAGCUUCAAAUACAAACUGGUCGAAUAGAAGGAAAAGCGGAACAGGGCAGUGGCCUUGAUAUGUCAUCUCUUUUUUUUCGAAACCCCGGCCUACCUGGUGCAAUUGCCAAUCGUAUUUAGGAAAUAAAGCAAACCACCUCUAGCAGUAGUGGCAGAAGACUUGA